GAAGGUGUUAGAAACCUUGCCGUCAUUUCAGAUUUUUGUUUACCCGGCGAUCCCAGUUUAAAAAAAAUAAAAGCCAUUUCUAUGGUGUUGUUUUAACAAUCAAAUUUACACUUGUUAAUCUGGCUGAAAAAUUAUAGCUGGCCCAAACUACAGGUAUUUUCAAUGCUUUUUUAUGUGAUGGGAAAGGCAGAGCGAAAGAGGAAAACCUGGGUGAUAGACGUAAAUGUUAAGAACUAUAUGUUUUCAGUAUGCUAUGCGAUGCAGUAUAUUGUCUUUUUGUGUAUACACAAUUACGUUAUUGGAUGUAAUGUUGCGUUGGCAGUUUGAAAGUAUCUUAUAUAACUGAUCAUUACUUUUUAGAUGAUCAUUGGAGGUACUUUGUAACUUGUUCAAAAUAAUAUUAAAAAGUACCAAGUUGAGCAAAUCAGAAUACGAGAAGAAAUCCUUUUCAUUGUUCGUAUGCUUAAAUUUGAUAAAUAGAAUUAGUAAUCACUAUUUCUGCAAUCAUUAUUACUACUGUCUAAUAUGAGUUCAGUUUGUUACUACAAAGUUCUUGGAUUAACACAAACAGCUACAGAUGAAGAAAUACGUCGUGCAUAUCGUCGACUAGCACUUAAAUGGCAUCCAGAUAAAAACCCAACUAACUUAGAAGAGGCAGAGAAAAAGUUUAAAGAAAUCAGUGCAGCCUAUGAAGUUUUAUCAGAUCCCCAAAAACGUACUAUCUACGAUCGUCAUGGUAAAGACGGCUUAACUCGUACUAAUGUGAAAUCAUCGAAACAAAGUGGUGGAAGACGUCGACAUACAGCAUCUGGAAAUUUCUUUCAUGAAGACCUUUUUGAUACAAAUGAAUUCUUCUUUCCAUUUAAUGAUUUUGGAUUUACUUUUCGAGAUCCUGAAGAUGUUUUCCGCGAGUUUUUCAGUAAGCAUGUUCAUAUGAUGAAUGCAUUUAUGGAUACAGCCGGACUAUUUCGGUCGCAUAAUCAUCUACACGGUAUAUUUGAUCAUGACAGUUACUUUCAUGAAAAACCUAAUCGCCAUUUGCACCAUAAAACAAGCUAUGGAUCAAAUAAUGAUAGUCAAACAAAAACACAUCAUGUUGAACGUGUACGCAAAACCAGUUGUCCUCAACCCGUACCAGUGCGUAGUUUAUCUACAAAGACAUCCUACAGUUUCAGUUAUGGUGGUAGUCGACCUGGUCAUCCACCAGUUAGAAAAGAAACAUUUCGAUCAACAUCAACAAAAAUUGAAAAUGGAAAGUGUGUUACCACACGAAAAAUAGUCCAGGAUGGUGUAGAAACUGUAGAAGUAGAGGAGGACGGUAUAUUGAAAUUGAAAACUGUCAAUGGUCGACCUGUUGCUAUUACCAAUGGCUAGUAAAUCCUGGUAAUAACGUUAUCUGUGAAAUAUGGUGGUUUACUUUCAAAUUCGUUUUUGGAAUGUGCUUAUGUAAUACAUCACUUUUAUACUAAUAAUUGUUAAUACAAUUCAUUAUUAUCCUCCUUUCUCAAAUCAAGUAAAUAUCUGCAGUCAUUAAUAAUGUCAUUAUUACUACUUCAGAUAGCACAACCUUUUUUGUGUCGAAUAGAAACUUCAAUAUUCAUUUUCAAAUUUCGCUGUCUAUGUGUUACAUCCUUUAUCUCUGUUGCAUUCUACUGUUGCGCCUAAAUUCGUUUAUGGCGCGAAACACAUGUUACUUGUUACUUUCUUCCUUGUGAUGUUUCUUUUUUUUCUGUAGUGCAUUUCUCUGUAUGUUUUUUAUCUUCUUUCGCCGUUUCCUUCUUAGCUAAACAAUCCACCUACUUACUGCAGCUUUCUUCGUCUUCAUUUUUUAAAAAUCCAACACAAGUUUUCCUUUCUGUCUAAAUGUACUUCUAUUCUGUUUACACUUCAGAUAACCAAUUCAUCAGCUAUUUUUUGGAGCAAUACAAUCAGUUCCUUCGAGGUUUUUUUACAUGCAUAUAACUGUGUAUUCCAUGUAUUGUUUUGUUUUCAAUCAACUGUGAUUUUAAGCAGGAUCUGUUUCCUCUAUGUUUCUAUUUGCUGCUAAUGUUGAUAUUUAUAUCUUCAUGUGUACAUUAUUGUGCUUGUGUCUGGCUGUUUGUGUGUAGGUAUUUUUCUGUGUGUUUCUUAUUCCAUGGCGUCUUACAAAUGUCAAUGAUUGUUGUGGCUCGAAAUAUAAAGCUGUUCGAAUAUAGUGAAAAUAAGACAGUGGAUAGUGUUGGUUGUUUUUUUCAGUUUCUUUUGCUUUCCUCUAAUUAUUUUAAUUAACCCUGAGAUUACCUCAGUAUAAAUACAAGUAUUUUUUGAAAGAACCAUUUAGAAAUCAAACUUUAAUAUUGUGCGCGUGUAUAUCAUUGAAAUGCACC